UGAAGAGCAUAGAGUACUUAUUAUUAGUGAAUUAGUGUCAUUGGCUAGGUGGUGGUUCUUGAAACCUGAAAAAUGUUUAUAUGACUAUAUAAAUGAGAAACAUUUUUUAGGUGGCCCUAUGAGUCAAUAAUUUAAGAUAAAAUCCUGGCAAGCUCUUCAGUGUUAGUUUUGUAGUAUUAAAAUUUGUAGUCUACAAUUCAGAAUAAUUAUUGAUGCGAAUUAAUAUCUACAAUAAAAAAUCGACGCGCGUUGAACUUUUGCUCUCGUUUUUAACAUAUGUGUUUUUUUAUUUCCAAUGUAUGGAUAUCUAAAUUUUAAUAAUAUACCAAGGACAUGUUCAUAAUAAAUCUUCAUCAGGCAAGAUAUUUGACAAUUUGUGCGAGCUUUGGAUCAUGCUCUAUUAUUGGCAAUGAACACUUGACCGCAACAUGGAACAUAAAGAUGGAUGGAGUGGUGGAGAAACGACUGCAGCUGACAAUACAACAGAGCGCUCGCAGGCCGAUCGCGAUCGCGUGCGAAUUGAAUUCUAUGCUACCUACGACGUCAUGACCGGCGUGCGUAUAGCCGCUACACUUGGCGGCUUUUUUGCACUAAUGGUCUUUUUAAUCGUUUAUAAGAGCCGGAGUAAAUCUGUGAAAGCUCUGAAUGAUCCAAAAAUCGUAGAACUUGCUGAGGCGGUUGUGGCUGAAGAGCAAGCCGUUGAGGAAGAAAGGCAAUUGACGGCAGCUUUAGAGGAAGCACGUUCGGAGCGAGCUCGUUCUCGCCCAUCGAUAGGAGAAGUGCCGCUCUGGGCGAGAACUUCGCGGUUCGCUUCCUAUGGUGGAGGUUACGGUAGCUUAUUAGCACCACCUCGGAGACUUUCAACUUUACGCGGGGAUUCGCUUCCCGGUUCAGCGCUAAGGUUUAGUGAACGACGAGCCUCGGGUGGGCCUCGUGAUAGGCGAUUAAGCUCGGCUACAUGUUCGAGUUCAGGGAGUUCCUAUUUGGAAAGACGUGGUUCAUCAGUAGUGUGCUCUUUACCGGAACGCCGGUUGUCACCCUGUCCUAGUGAACGACUCGCGCCGUUGGCAUCGGUCGGUAGCGUGGGUCCGUCGUUUGUGGUAGAAUGUGAUCUUGCAUCAGUGGGUGCGGAUUCUGUAUUUGCAGAAGAUGAUGCGGAGUCUACAGACGAUGAGGUGGAGCAGUUUUCGACUGAUAGCGGUGGACCCGAAGCCGGCACGUCCGAGUGCACGGAACUCACAAGUCGGCCGGUGCCCCCUCUACGUGUCGAUCGCGCUUCUCACUCUCGGGAAACGUUAUUCUAGUCGCCAGCGCUUUUCGCUGGAUGUUGUAUGUUAUUUAAAUGUCGAGAUGUCGACUUUUUCGUAUUAAUAUCUUUUCCAAAAAUUAUAACAUAUCAAUGUCAGAUCUAUUUGUCAUAUCAAUUGACGUAAAAAAAAGAUUUUAAAGUCCUAAAAAAUCUUUAUAUUAUACAGUUAUUCGAACGAAUACUCUGCUUGUGCCUAUAUUGAAUAUAUUUUCACUAAAGUCACGACUUUCCAACACAAAUAUGAAACUAUUAAUACGAAUGCGUCGAUAUUUUGAUGUUAAUUGUAUUGUGUAAAUAAUUUGUUUUGUUAAUAAAUUCAUGUAUCGCAAUGUUAAUGUUCUCAGAUCAUGAUAGAUUUUUUUCGGAAGUUAUUUGAAAAAUGUCUGAAACUGAAUAUCGAAGCUUACUAGUCAAACUCUGAUGCUUUAUAUGUUACUUAGUAUAUAGAAUUAUAUGUAAAAGUUUAAUUUUCGAAUCGGUACUUAGUUUCUAUCAAAUGGCCAUAGCAUACCCGCGAAAAUACAUGUAUUUUAGUGCGAAUCUUUUUAACUACACUAAAGAAACUUCUCAUAUAAUAAUAUAUUUUUUCGAGAAUAUAAGUUAUGCAAUUUAUAUUAUAAAAAUAAUUUGUAAACCACCGGGGCAACAGGUUUUUUUUUUCGAAUUUCAGUUCGAUUGAUGUACGUGAGGAUUCGAUACAAAACUGGUAAUGUCGCCACUUAAGUGUUCUUUUUUAAAAAUAUUAGAUAAAGUAAUGGUCUGCCCGAAUUAGUCUUUAAAAGGCGCAUUAAUGUACUUAACUGUAAUGUUUAAAAUCAGACCAGGUUUGUUUUUAUUUAUUUAUUGUCUAUUCAAUACUAAAAUCACAGUGUGUUCAUUUAAAAAGUUAUUUACAAAACGUUAUGUGAAUCGUCACGGGCUGGCUUCGGUUGGUUCAAUAUAAAUUUUACUUUUUGGAAAGCGGCACCUACGUUUCAUUUGUGUGACCUGAAUCGCAACCGAGUCGCAAACUAUUUCCAUACAGUCCUGCCGCAUGAAAACAAUCUCAUACAUUGUCGAAUAUGAUCCAAGUAUCGUUUCACGUGUAAAUUGUUAUCUUAAAUUUUAUUAACGUUUUGAAACACGCACAAGGUAACUUAAAUAUUUAAUCUAUUUACUUUAUUAUUACUAAUUAAAAUUACCAAUUAAAUAUCUGACUAGAUUGCAUGACAGACGCAUUCGAGAAGCAAUUUCUACUUGAGAUUUUGUUUAAAUAUGCAGUGCCCGUAAUAUAUAUGAAUAUACGUUAAAAUCCCACAACAAAGGCAUUCUCUCAUCUUGAGAAGGUUUGGAGGUUAUUACAGCACGAUGCUCCAAUGCCGGGAAUGGAGCAGAUUUCAAUAAUUAAAGUUUAAUUUUCUAAUCGAACCAUUCUCUUACAUAUAGGUACGUAUUUAACUAUUCACCCAGCGCUAAUACAUCGUAAAGUAAACGUUUCGUCGUUUUUAUUAUUCUUUAAUUCAAACAUCGUUUAAUCUGAAGCUAGUAAGCAAUCUAAAUUAUAAUGUUCAAAGAACAAUGCUUAUAUCUGAAGAGUGAUUUAAAUUACUUUGCCAUAAAAAAUACUAUAAUCAAUUUAUUUUUAUUUUGAUUAAGAUAAAAUAAUUAUAAAGUAAAUAAUAAUAUUGAAACUAAAAACUCAGGUAAACUUAUUG